UGCUGCUGAGUGCUGAGUAUAUAUGUAUGCACUUUCAACUCUUGUCCUGGAUUGGACAUAGUUUUAGAAGAGCUGUCGAGUUCGGCACUUCGGAAAAUGCAAUUGUCAACUAAAUUUAUGACGAGUUAGCGUGCAAUGUUUUUGUGAGGGAGCUUUAUCGCUCGUUUACAUAUUUUUUGUUAUUGGUGUUACAUAGUUAGAGAUAAAGGUUACAUAUCUGAAAAGAUAGUGAGUGCACUUAUCAGUCGAGUGUUAUCGGAUUAUUAGUGUAUUCUCCUCAUCGUGCAUCACAGACAGUUCUCUAUUUUCGAUUUUUUGUCCUAUAUACGCCUUCGUGACUCAAUAACACCAAGUCUGAAAAAUGGAUAAAGGUCACGGCGACCAGGGUGGUUCGAACCCAUCGGCUCCACCACCCCCACAUGCCCCUCCACCCUACGAGGAUUUUGGUCAGGGCCAAUUUGGUGCAGAAAUGAAGCCUCCAAAUCAUGAAGUAUUUGAUCCAGUUCCGCCCACAAUGGGUUUCGUCGACCCUCCACCCGCAGGGGCCAUGCCGAUGCCACCAGAACCAGAAGCCACCCCCAUCGUCAUACUUGACCCACCACCACCACCCUAUUCCGAAUGCGUCCUCAACGUCGACUGUCCCACUUCCGAAGAAGAAGUAAAAGCAGCCAUGCUAAAUUUUUAUAAGGGCGAUUGUUGCUUCGACCCUAAAACCGUGGAUGGAUUCUUCAUCCACGAAAUCACACAAAUGCACGCCUUCCGCUACGUCCUGGACACAUUUAUUGAAACCCGAACCCUUGAAGAGAUGACCGAACCGUAUAGAAAUCAACAGAUUGAUGGUCCCCAAAAUGGUCCAAGUCCCGACAAGUGGGCAGUUUUUGUCAAUCCUCCGCAAGAAUUUGUCACCAAAGCGAAAUCUGUAAUGGAUUUGCCCAGGUCGGCGAAUGUGAUUCCGUGCAACAAGUGCCAUUCUACGGGGUUUACGGCCUGCAAUUCGUGUAAUGGGAUGGGAUUUAGCAGAUGUACUUGGUGCAGUGGGUCUGGUCGACGAGACAAAACUGGAGCACCUGGCGAGUACGAAAACUGUUCCAGCUGCAACGGAAUGGGACGAAAUAACUGCACGUGGUGUCAACUGGGUCGAAUUCAGUGCAGAACGUGUAGUGGUCACCGAUUCUUAAAAGUUUGGCAAUCCCUCACCAUCCGAUGGAAGACGGAAGGCAAAGUCCACGAGACGCAGAGAGGUGAACUCAAACCAAAACACUUAAAGAAAGCGAAAUGUGGAGAGAUGUUAUCAUCGACAAAGUCCACCCCCCAAAACCCGCAGCCAUUGAAUUGCAGUUUAGACAGAAAUAUUCUGACCGCGUCGACACAACUGAUUGGGGAACAGUUGCAGAAACAAAACAUGAAUUCGAGAGUGCUCCAGUUUAGACAGAGCAUUGGAGUCAUUCCGGUCGUUAAAGUUAUUUAUCAGUUCAAAAAUAAAGAAGGGCACUUCUACGUGUUUGGGAAUACCAGAUUGGUCUAUUUUCCUGGAGGUUAUCCUGGCGGGUGUGCAUGCUGUUGUUGUUCCAUUAUGUGAUUUAUAGAAAAUUUCAGAAUUUUGAAAUUUUCUUAACUUGUAAAUAUUGAUAUUAAUAAGUAACCAGUCUUUUUAUCAUUCUUUGAAAUAAAUCAGAUUACUUAUCAACUGCAA